UACUUCCUUUUAUUGAAUUGAACACAUGACGCUGUAAAUGUUGUGUUUAUAUUAAUUUUCCUCGCAUUCCAGUUCAAAAUGGGGAAACUGGACGUAGCAAUUUUACGUUAUUUGACGGGAGAGGAUUUCCGCGUGUUGACCGCGGUGGAAAUGGGCAUGAAGAACCAUGAGCUGGUGCCGGGUUCGCUUGUGGCGUCUAUUGCAAAUCUCCGUCACGGCGGAGUCCAUAAACUAAUGAAGGAGUUGUGUAAACAUAGGCUGCUGACGUACGAACGAGGAAAACACUAUGAUGGUUACCGACUUACCAAUGCUGGCUAUGACUAUCUCGCGCUCAAGGCAUUAACAAACAGGAAGGUGAUUGCCUCAUUCGGCAACCAGAUUGGUGUGGGCAAAGAGUCCAACAUUUACACGGUUGCUGAUGAAGAUCAUAACCCACUAUGCUUGAAGUUGCAUCGGCUGGGCCGCACAUGUUUCCGCAACGUUAAAGACAAGCGCGACUACCACGGGCAUCGCCACCGCGCUUCCUGGCUCUAUCUGUCGCGCAUCUCUGCCACCAAGGAGUUUGCAUACAUGAAGGCCCUGCAUGAACGCGGGUUCCCCGUGCCCCGUCCCGUGGACUUCAACCGACACUGCGUGGUCAUGGACCUUGUGCGAGGAGGGCCUCUCACCCAAGUCCGGUCCGUCCCGGACGUGCCGGCGCUGUACGAUGAGCUGAUGUCGCUGGUGGUGCGCCUGGGCAACUGCGGCGUCAUCCACGGAGACUUCAACGAGUUCAACAUCAUGAUCGACGAGGAGGGGAAACCGAUCAUCAUUGACUUCCCGCAGAUGGUGUCUACGGAGCACCCUAAUGCUGAACUUUACUUCGAUCGCGAUGUCCGCUGCGUCUGCGACUUCUUUAAAAAGCGCUUCGGCUACGAGAGCACCCUGUACCCACGCUUCAGCGACCUAGAGCGAGAGGACGAGUUAGACAAGGAGGUCGCAUGCUCGGGCUACAAGCGCGCCAGGGAUGUAGACGAUGAGUUGUUGGCGGAACUUGGUAUAGGUCUUCAAGUGAGUGACGACGAAGAUUCCGAAGAAGACGCACAGACAACAAAAGACUCAGAUGGCACACAAGACACAGCUUACGACAACAAGAACUACAAUGAAGAAGAACUAGCCGCGCUUAGGAAACAGGUCGACGACUCGAUCCAAAACGACGAAACAUCCAUACAACGUCUCGCUCACAAAACAGUAUCCCUGGAAAUCCAAGACGAGCCUCCACAACUCAUCGCAGUCACAGAACACAAGCUCACAGAAGAAGAAGACAAGCUGACCGAAGAAGACGAUAAGCUCACAGAGCUGGACAGGAACUCGCAGAAGUACCGUUUGGCUAUGGUUGAGAAGGCAUUGUCUGAUGUGAGGUCCAUGAGGUCGUAUACGUCGGCGAGCACGAUAGCGCCGGAGGUGGUGAAACAGCAGGUAAAGAAGAAUCUUGAAAGCAGACAGAAGAGGACGGAGAGGAAGAAAGCAAUAGCCAAGGGAGAGGCGAGUGCGGUCACGCGCCAGAGACGAGAGAACAGAGAGACGGUCCGAGAGAGCCACGGCAUCUGGGGGUGGGCGGAGUAAGAAGUUAAUAUAUGUAUAUUGUA